GCGCCUCCUCUGACGAAACGAAAGUUGCCGCCGCGGCCGCGCAGGCGCAUUCGAACCCGGACCCGGUGGGCGUGGCUUGGGCGGCACUGUCCCUUUUAGGCCGCCGUCGCCUCCUCCCUCCCCUCCGCUCCCGGCUUGUUGGCUAAAGCGUCGCUGCCGUCGCGCUGCCGGCAGAGGCUCUCGGAAGUGGCCUGUGGGAGAAGAUGGCGCUGGCUGAGGCGAGCUCCCGGUACGCGGAGGGGGCAACGGCCGCCGCUGAGCGGCUGGACCCGCUGUCCCGCUUCACCUGCCCGGUGUGCCUGGAGGUGUUCGAGAGCCCCGUGAGGGCGCCCUGCGGCCAUGUGUGAGUGCGGAACAGGCCGCGGGGGCCGGAGCGGAGAUAGGAGGCCGCAGGGGUGGGUGAGGUAACCAUGGCAACGAGGGACUGUGGGGGCGCUCUUGGGCGGAGGCCGGUUAGAACUGGACGGGCCGCUUUGCUGGCCCAGGAGCGCAGCGAGGAGGAGGAGGCCGCCGCGGCUGUGUUCGCCUCUUCCCUCCUCCAGCUGCACCGCCGCCGCCUUGCCUUACCAAAGCUCUGGGCUGCGGCGGAGGCCGGGUUUAAAUCGCCAAUGCGGUGGGAAACGGGUGUGGGUUAUUGUGUUUUUUUUGGGGGGGGGAUGGUGUUUAAACCCGAGUUUCCCCUUUUGGCCGUUCAUAACAACUCCCGUGUUAACGUUUCGGGUCUCCGCCGGCCUGCCGCUUUUGCAGCUGAGCGGAGAUGCUUGCUAAGGAACAGGGCGUGUAGGUUCUUUCCAGAGUUAGCUUUCGGUUCCAUGGGUUUUCUUUGCAGUGUUUACACUUUCUGUUUCGCUUUUGCUCCUCCUCCUCCUCCUGCUGCUGCUGCACGAGCGGCUCGCCCUUCCUUUCACCAAGCGCACCUCGAAAUCUUGCGCCAUAGGUUAAAAAGUGCUCGUUUCUGGUAGAGCACAGCGUUGAAAUGGUGGAAACACAAGAACUAAGUGGCAAUUAUAAGUGACAGGUAAUUAAUUAUAAGUGGAAGAACAGGUACUUAAUUAUACGUGAAGGGAAAAAUUGUAGCCUUUGAGCUUUUUAGGAACCAGCAUGAGAAAUUGGUCGACCUUAAAUGCCUGAAGAAAAUAGGGGUGCUAGCACUUAAAACUUUCAGAGAGCUUUUUCAGAGAGCAUAUAUAAUUUUUCCAGCCCUGAAAAUGGCCACAUGCUCCCAGCAGUGUUACCUUUUGCCAUCUGUUAACAGGUACAUAUUGCUGUUAACUUACUGGUGUUGUGUGAACUUCAUUGGUCACAUAAAUGCAUUUCUGUGUAGCACAGAAGCCAUAAUGCUUAGACUUGGUUGCAGAAAUGCUCUUGUUGGGUAGCCCUGUAUACACGAAACAAAUACUGUCAUCCUGCAGUAGUAGCAUGCAUUAUAUCUGCUCUUCCUUGGUCUGUUCUAAAGAAAUAAAUGAAAGAAAUCAAAACUGCACCUGUUGAGCAAUUAUGCUGCCUGUUUUUACUGGAAGUGUGAAUGGUUGUGACAGGUGCAAUCCAUAGUCCCUGACUACUUUUAUAUGUGGUUUUUUUUAUUUUGCCAUAAUUUGAUGCUAUGUAUAUAGCAUGCUGGGGGAUGCGGGUGGCGCUGUGGGUAAAACCUCAGCGCCUAGGACUUGCCGAUCGCAUGGUUGGCGGUUCGAAUCCCCGUCGUUUGGUCCCAGCUCCUGCCCACCUAGCAGUUCGAAAGCACCCCUAAGUGCAAGUAGAUAAAUAGGUUCCACUUUAUAGCGGGAAGGUAAACGGUGUUUCCGUGUGUUGCUCUGGUGCCGGUUCACCAGAGCAGCUUCGUCACGCUGGCCACGUGACCCGGAAGUGUCUGCGGACAGCGCUGGCUCCCGGCCUCUAGAGUGAGAUGAGCGCACAACCCUAGAGUCUGUCAAGACUGGCCCGUAGGGGCAGGGGUACCUUUACUUUACCUUUAUAUAGGAAUAUGAUUACUAUUGCUAACACUGCUGCUUAGUGAAGUUUAUAGCAGCAAUAUUCACUUUUUAUAUAAGGUGUGGCUAACUAUUCACCAGUGGUAUACUUUUGUGACUUCAUCUUGCAUGUUAUCAAAAGUAAACGUCAACUGUGAUUCAUGCCGCUAUCAUUAAUGUUGGUUUUACAAGGUCUUUGCGGAGCAGGUUUUAUGCUCCUUAUGUGGUCAAUUUUAAGCAAGAAGAGACAUUAUUAAAAGGAACAAAAAGCUGUUAACCGGUUAACUAGGUAACUUUAAGGUAAGUUAUAGAAAUAGUUAGGUGUAGGUUGCCUUUUAAAGAUUACAUUGUAAUAUAUUAAUAGGUUUCUAGGUCCUGUGCUGCUUGUGAUUUCUUUUGGUGUUAUAAGAAAGGGGUGCAUUGGCACAUUGACUGAUUGUGUACAAUGCAAAUGUUAAUAUACUGUCUUUUUUUCAUAUUAGCUUUUGCACACCAUGCAUUCAGGAGUGUCUUAAGCCAAAAAAGCCAGUUUGUGGAGUUUGCCGCAGUACCCUGUCUCACGGCAGCAGAGCUUUCGACUUGGAAAAGCAAAUUGAAAUGACAGAGACUACUUGCAAUGGCUGCAAUAAAAAAGUAGGAAAAGCUGGCCUGUGUUUACCUAUAUAUAACAUGAAUCUAGAUAAAAGCAAAUUUUCACAUUAGAUUUCCUCACUUGAUAAUUGUCAGAUUUGUGUAAAACAAAAUUCUGGUAAGCCCUGCUGAAUUUCAUGGUGGUCGGGAAGAGGCUAUUCAUGUCUUUCAAAGAACUGGCCAUGGUAACGUGGUUUUUUACUUUUUUUCUUGCCUCGACUAGAGUGUGGGAAAUGGGUCUUUCAGUUUCCUGCAAUGAGAUCUGUCAGUAGUGGAAGCAAUCCAGAAUGUUCAGAUCUUGUCACAGGAGGGUAUCAUGGGAAAUAUUCUACUAACAUGUCCUGUCAGUGCAAGGAUUUCCACUUGCACAACAGGACUACCCCUUCUUCCAUUCCAUACCCUCUCCAAAUCUGCUCCAGUGGGUUAGGGGAAGCCCUGGAGCAGCUUUUGGGGGGGAGGGGCUAGAAUGCUCCUUUGCAUAAAUCCUUGUGCUAACAGAAUGAUUGCCUUAGCACUACUUUGGAUUCCACCCCAUGACUGCACACCAACAUUACAGUGCAGGUGGUGAAGAGAAUGCAUGGCAAAAGCCCUCAUGCAGCUUUUCAGUAUUUCUUUGUAAUAUAAGAAGUAGCUCUCAUUAAAGCAUACAAUUGUUUUGUGAAAUUGAUGCCAUAAUUGCUUCAAUGGACCCCAUGCACUUUGUUUAUGAUUUGUAGUGAAGGUUGCAUAACCCCUUAAGGGGUAACAAAGUGGAUUUUGGAUGUACUGCUGAUAUCUUGAAUAAAGUCUGAUAGUUUGGGGACUGUUUUGUGCCAAAAUUGUGUCAGGAAUGGAACUGCAUUUUAUAGCUGUCUUCCCAAAGCCCUACAGAUGUUUUCAACUUCAGCUCCCAUCAGACCCAAGCAACAUGGCCAGUGGUCAAGGUUGAUGGAAGUUGUUGCCCAAAACAUAUGGAGGGCACCACGUUGGGGAGCACUCCUUUAUAUUGUCAGUGUUCACAGGACAGUGAGAAUGUAAGGGGGGGUUAAUGAAGAGCUGUUGUAUCUAAAAGUAUCUAAAAAUACUUUGCUCUUUUGUAAGAAUGGUUUUUUGUCUAUAUCAUUUGCAGUUGAAAGUAAAACUGAAGUCCUCUAUUUUUAAAAUAUCUGUCUUUCCAUGUCUCAAACUGAAUGCCUCUCAAGUGUAUCAUAUUCUGUACUGAGCUUAAAUCAGCAUCCUCUUAUCUAUAAAUGCACACACAUAAUAUAUUAAAUGUGCUCAGCUUGAUAUAUUUGCCAGCUGAGACUGUUAAAAAUUCCUUACCGUUCUAGAAAUUGUCAGAUAAUAGACUUCUUUAGAUCUGGUAAACCAAAAUUAAAAUUCUUGUUCAAUUGUAGUUUGGACAAGCAAGCUGAACUCAUAAAAUGGAAAUCAUAGAGUAAUCCUGUAAUUUGUGUUUUCAGUACAAAUAAAAUAUCAUACAAUAUUGUGACUAUAUAGAAAGAAAAGCUUUUAUUGGUAAAUGUUGGCAACUGUACUUUGUCAGUGUCUGGAGAAGUCCAGAUGAUGAUACAAACUUGUUUAGAGACUAACAUUAUAUAUGGGAAAUGUCACAGCACAAUAGGAAAUAUUAAAUUCCAUCCACCUCUGUUUUCUGAAACCAGAGUUUGUUUUAUAAUUUUGAAGGGGAGAGAAGUUGUCCCCAAGUACAAUUUUAAUACUAUCCAUAUAUCCUGGUGCUGUUCAUGUGACCUUGUCACAAUGCAGUUCUUAAAGCAAGCUACAGUAGUUGAUGUCUUUCUAGCUGAUUGUAUUAUACAGAGUUAACUAACUUGGGGCAUAAGAGAAACAGUAGACUGUUUAAUCUCCUGGAAAUGAAAGAUAAGAACAGUGUCUGGAUAAACAAGGUGUCAGCUAACAGAACAGUAAGGGAUAGGCUAGGUGCUGCAGUCUUGCUGCAAAGUGGUAAAUCAACUUAGUACAAUGUGUCCCUUGUAACUCUGUAUUCUUUGACCCAGAGCCUGUCACAACAACCCUUUUGGGCAGUCCUUGGAACAUACUUUUAUGUCACAUCUGAAACACCUACACUGUUUUAAAGAAAAUGUUUUAUUUUCUCAUUCUGUACAGAUGUACCUCUCAAAGCUGCGUAAUCAUGCAGCUUCUUGUUUGAAGUACCAGAAUUAUAUAAUGGAAGGUGUUAAAGCCGUGACAAAAGAUCCACCGCAGGAUACCAGGUAAACCUCUCAACUGUUGUGAUUUGCUUACUUGUAAUGAAAGCUCAUAUAUAAGAUAGGUGUAAAAACUGAGUUUCCUGUUGAUGUACUGUCCAAAGUUGUAUCAAGGGAUCAACACUGUACCUAUGUGCAGAAGUUGGGUUUGUACUGAUAUUGUACAAACAUGCUGCCCAGUGAUGUUCACAGAAAGGGGGAGGAUGUUGGUUUCUGCUUCCUCACUGAGCAGUGAAUGCAUGUCACAAGACAUUGUUUUGCAUUCCACAGUCCAAGUUACUGUUGGGUUCCCACGGGAAUGGGAGACUGGAUGUGACGUACACUGGUUUCCUAUUUUUCACUGUUCUCUCGGUUUCUUUGUUAGAGAGACAGUUGCUUCUCUGCUGUUACAGAGGCAGGAUGCAUGUUUGUAUGCUCUCAGCAUAGGUAAAGGUAUACCCCUGCCCAUACGGGCCAGUCGUGUCCGACUCUAGGGUUGUGCGCCCAUCUCACUUAAGAGGCCGGGGGCCAGCGCUGUCCGGAGACACUUCCGGGUCACGUGGCCAGCGUGACGAAGCUGCUCUGGCGAGCCAGCACCAGCGCAGCACACGGAAACGCUGUUUACCUUCCCGCUAUAAAGCGGAACCUAUUUAUCUACUUGCACUUAGGGGUGCUUUCGAACUGCUAGGUGGGCAGGAGCUGGGACCAAACGACGGGAGCUCACCCCUCCGCGGGGAUUCGAACCGCCGACCAUACGAUCGGCAAGUCCUAGGCACUGAGGUUUUACCCACAGCGCCACCCGCGUCCCGCUCUCAGCAUAGCUUGUAAAUAAAGUCAACAUGUAGCACAUUACCUGCUUAUCCUUCUGCUGUGUGCCUACGCUCUGUUUGGGCUCAAGAUAAGACGAGCCUGUACCGGCUUCAGAUGGGCCGAAGCUGGUCAAAAUCUCACAAUCUGCAGCAUGAAAAGUGUUGCUGCUUUGUGCCAAAUGAGAAAGGGUUUUCCUUUCAUAUUUUAAAAGCCUCAAACAUUGAGGGCACUAGAGGCUUAAUUAUAAGCUAUUUUGUGUGCUUUUCCCUUCAGAGGUUGUAGUACUGCCUAAUAGCUUGCACUGCUUAUCAUAGUUGCUUUGUUGAGUGAUUCUGCUGUUCUACUCAAAGAGCCUUCUCCUACAUGAAGUUAAGCUGCUACAUAAUUGGAAGUUUUUCAUAGAAGUGAAGGCCUUACCGUCUGUUUCUACAGGAGUGUUCCAAAUAGGUUCACAUUUCCCUGCCCUUACUGCAAUGAGAGAAAUCUGGACCAGGAAGGGCUGGUAGAACACUGCCGAAAGUAUCACAGCAUGGAUGCAAAGCGAGUGGUAAUUGCUUUACUUUUAAAAGUGUAGUUCAGGGUGGGUUGAUAGGUCAUUUAAUAUGAAGCUUUUUUUCCUUGAAGGAACAAAUAGCCUUACUUUAAUUAUAGUUAGUAUCCCAGUGCUGCAUGACUUGCUAAAAUUUUCUUAACAAACUUUUUUUCUGCCAUUGCUGUAUUUUAGCAACUACUAACAUGGCUGGGUGUUUGUAGUGGUGUUUUUGAAUACUUAAGAUUGUUGCAGUUAGUAGGAGUUGCCCCACCCAAAGUUUACACUAGGAAGCAUCAAGAUAUUUGGCUUGUGGCCAAAGAAUCCCCAGUAGAAUUCUGUUUGCCCUACAAGGCUUUCUUUCCCUCCCACUCUUCCCACACCAUUUCCUUAUGCCUCUUGAAAAGCCAUUCCUAGGCUUUGCAGCAAGACAGUGCUGUGCUUGGGGCAGUGACUAAUAAGUUUGUAUGGACAGAAUUGCCCUUCUGUUCUUUGGGUUUCUUACUAAGGGUUUUCCUGGGACAAGCCUUUGACAAAGAAAAUAGUGGGCGGGAUCUAGAAUAUAUGCUGAUCAGAUUGGGGGGGGGGGACCUCCCACCAAACUUGAAAUGGAAGAAAUUUGGGUUGGAUAAACUGCAAACUUUUCCAGGUUUGCCCGAUUUGUGCAUCAAUGCCAUGGGGUGAUCCAAACUACAGAAGUGCUAACUUCAUGGAACAUCUUCAACGACGACACCAAUUUUCUUAUGAUACUUUUGUGGUAAGUAGUAACUAGGAAACAGCCUCUUCAGAAUUUACCAAAUGCUAGUCUUUUAUUUUAAACUUUGUCUUUUUGGACAGCCUUAUUCUAAUGUAAAAAGCUAGGAAAUAGUGUUUCAUUUAAUUGCCGUCCUUGGAGGGGGGAAUGACCCUUCACAGAUCAGCCCAUACACAGAAGUGAGUGAAGCCACAACUGGGCCCUGAGCAUUCAGGGAAAUCUUGGGCGUACCCCUUGGAAAUUUGUGCCUAUACCACUUAACAUCCUGUAGUGGGAGAAAUGAGAAGUGAAAGAAGGAAAUUGGCUUUAACAGUUCUGGUACAAGACCAAAAUCUGUUUAAUCACACGCAUUCUCCCUUGUCUCCUGUUUUUAGGAUUAUAAUGCUGAUGAAGAUGACACGGUGGCCCAAGUUCUGUUACGUUCCUUGAGGGAUCAGUGAAUAUUGCAAGGAGUAAAACUCUUCAAUACUUGGCUUCCAUUAGGGGAAAUGUACCACAGUCACUAUUUGCCUCAAGAUUCUUUGGCGUCCUUAAAAGUGAAGAGCCUUUCUUAGUUUUGGUUCCUGCUGUCUCCAUACUUGGCCUCUUCUAAUGGUUGCUCCUUUACCGUUUGCCUGCUCAAGGGUAUCUCUUCUUUCCAGUUAAUCUUAAAUAUUAUUCUCUGCUUUUUCUUUAACUUUUGACUUCUAAGGCCUAUACAUCACCAGGAACUUGGCAAUAAUUUCAUCCUGUGAGCAUCCUCUUCAGAUUAUUGUGCUUUCCUAGACAUUGGUCAAGCAUCCGAAGACUAGGUUUUCUAGAUAAUAUAGAAGCCCUGGUUUAUUAGGUUCAGCUGUUAGAAAUGGGUUUCCAUUUCUUGAUUUUGUAGAGAAAUGGUGGAUUUUAUUCCAAAUCCACCAUUACAAAAGUUGAUGCCAGCCAUUCAACCGCACAAGUCCCAGUUGUGAGUAAUUCUCUCACUUCACAAUAUGCUCUUGUGUGCGUUCAGCAACUGUACAGUACCUGCUUCUGUGAGUUUAGAGGGAAUUGGUUGUUUCUUUAAUUUGUUUGUUUUUUAUUUCUCCAUCUUUUGACAUCUUUGCAAAGUUCAGAUGUGAAGUAUGAUGGUGUUUGUGUGGUGCUUGGGAAGACAGAAGAAUUCAAACACAAUGUUUUAUUUCUUGCCUCUUAAACUCAAACUUGUAUAUUUCUACCUCUGCGCCUAGAGUUCGGAACAAUUUGAGAACAAGAGGGGUGAACUUUAGCAGCUGGUUUCUUAGAUGUAAUAUGUUGGAAAUACUGCCCUUUAUGUAAAACUGCACUUCUAUAUCCAAAACAAAUGCUAUGAAGGGAUGUGCGAGAAUUUCCAUUCUGACAUGGCAGUGUUAAUGUGCUUAACCUAUGGUAAGCAUACAGCCACAUUUUGAAUUCUUAGGCUGCUGUGGUUCAAAAACAUUUCAGUACAUGGUAUACAAGAGCUGAUUCUCAAAUUCGUUCUUGAUACCUCAAAAACCCUAGCUCUAUUCUUGCCUGCUGUUUACACACUAACUAAACAGGUGAUUGACAAGUUGGGUGGUGUCUGCUGGCCUGGUGGUCCUGUGCUGAAUGGGAUAGGAGAACAGGGCUCUACAUACAGCUCUGCAGGCUUUAUCUGCCAGCUCAGAAACCCUAUUAGGAACUUAUUCUACUGAAUACCCAGAGAUCAUAUGAUGCGGCCUGCAGGUGUAAUUCCACUUCCCUAUCACGUUUAGUCAAUAUAUAGUGAGAAUAGGGCUACAGUGAAGUGAUUUGCCAGAGGUUAUCAGCACUUCUGAAUGUACUGCCAUGGAGUUAAGUCUGAAAUGUUAGUAUUGGAUAACCUUUUCUUUUUGCUGGAUGUGUAAAUAUCCUCUUGUGUGGCACAUUCGGAUGUCAUGUUCUGUGUACAAAAAAUAACAGUGCAUUUAACUGUCAGAAGCAAGUUUGAGAACUGGGCCAGAUUCCUUAGUUCAGCCAUUCCUAGCCUUGGGUCCCCAGGUGGUGUUGGACUGUAACUCCCAUCAGCCCCAGCUGUAGUCCAAUAACAUCCGGAGACCCAAGGGUUGGGAAAGGCUGCCUUAGAUUAUACUUCUGUUAUACAACCAGAUCAUUUGUUCUGUGUUUAACGACAACCUUUUGCACUAAUUCUUAUAAGUGAAACCAAUGUGAGGUUAUGGCGCCAGAGCUAAUAGCGAUUUAUGUAAACCAGUACACAUAAUUUAGCCUGACAGGCAUGCAGUGAUAAAAUCUGAGUCUGAAGUAUGUUUACAGCCUGCUGAAAGAUAGAUUCUUAGAACCUGUGGCUUUGAGCUAAUAAUGACAUGGUACAUCUGAAACUAGUUCCUAUGCUGAAGUGGUCUAACUGCCAACUGCCCAUGCUACUUUUUAGAAAGAGCUCUGUGUGGAGACCGCUUAGUCCUAUGCUAAAAUUCUGUCUUGAAACCUUUGGUUGCUAGGAUUUUGAUUCCAUAUUAAGAGUUUUGCACUGAACCAUUAAUUAUAUUUUUUCUGUGAGUUUGGCCAAGAUGCAAAGAGGGCAUGUGGUGUUCUGGGGCUCAUGAAGCUCACUUCUGUCACCCUAGGCCCUUGUGUGUCUUUGCAUUUCAAAGCAGUACGUGAAGUCUGGGAAAUCCACCAAAACAAUGUUCGGUAUGGUAUAGAAAGCCCAUAGCACAGGGAUCAGGAACCUGUGACCCUUCAGGUGCACUGCAGUUUCCAUCAUCUCUCCUAAUUGGCCAUGCUGGCUGAGGCUGAUGGGAGCUGGAGUCUUAACAUUCCCCAUGCCUGCUGUAGCCAGAAGGGAGAACUGGCUGUCCAUAUAUGCACGGAAGUGCCUUCUGCAUGCAUGUGGACCUCUUUGAAUCUUGGCCACUGUCUUUCAGUAUUCAGUCAGAACAUUCUGCCAUCUGCCUAUGGAAUUCAUAGGAACCUGGGUAUCCUCCAUGAACACAUCAAGUCUUUUUUGUUCUUGUAAUUCUAAGUGCACUUCUAGUAAUUUUAAUAAAAAUUUUAGAGUGUCAAAUCUGUCUUGUUCUGGCUUUUAAAUGAAAAAAAAAAUGUAAAUAAACAUAAUGGAUAAACACUAAUACUUUGGAAAUACUUUGUCCCUUGCUAUGGGGAGCUCCAAUGGCUGUCACUUGAAGAGCAGUAAUGAGCAAAGCUCAGUCUCUGCUGAGUCUUACUCUUCUAGGUUUUCACCAGCUUCCUCUGUUGUUGCUGAGUGAAAAUCUCAAGCACAGAAUUUUAUUCUGGAACAUAGUUUUAUUGAACCAACUUCAGCCUGGCUACUCCUCCACACUGCUGUGGGGAGUGGGAGAGAAGCCUUGUGCAGCUCAUAUUGUGGACAAAAAUAAAUCUAUCAACUCUUGGGCAUGCUGACAUGUACUGUUUCAGGAUAUGAAGGGAAAGGAUUAAAUGCAUAUGGGGUACAGAAACUGCAUUAACCUGUGCUUUUUAGAAGACACUUCAUCCUGUCCUAAUUUGCAUAUGUUGGUAGGUUUCUGAUCAUGUUGACAAAAGCCCUAUUCUAAGUGUAAAACAUUGCCUUGCUCAUUUAAUCUAAAUGACCCUACCAAAUAUAGAAAGUGACAGCUGAUCAACUGCUCUGUAUAC